UAGGCUACAGAAUGAGCGCAGUUGCUUUCCUCUCAGUCUGAGAGGCAACUGCUGUUUUUUUUUCUUUUUCUUUUCUUUUUUUAGUUUUUCCUUCCCUUUCCUGUUCCAGACAUCAAUAGGAGUCACUGCAGGUUUGUUUCCCUUUCCUCACGGUACUUUUUGGACCUCUCUCACACACUCCUGUGUUAUUAUUUUUUGUGCCUGGGAAGUACCAUGCCGGUGGUUGGUGUAGCCUCCAAGCUCAGGCAACCCUCCGCGGUGGGCACCAAGCCAGUGCAUACCGCUCUCCCCAUCCCCAGCGCAGUCAGGGCGGCCACCUCGCACGGCUACAUGGCCCGGCAGCAGGAGCUCAGGGCAGGUGAGGGCACCCCGGGGCUCUCAUGCCAGCUGUCAAUCAAGUCAGAGUACCAGCAGGAGAGGACGCCUGAAGGGAAGUCCAGAGCUGAGACAGAGGAGAGCAAGAUCUGCAAGAUUUACACAGACUGGGCUAAUCACUACCUGGCCAAGUCUGGCUGUCCGCGCCUCAUCAAGGACCUGAGCCAGGACGUCACCGAUGGAGUCCUGCUGGCACAGAUCAUCCAGAUCAUAGCGAAUGAGAAGGUGGAGGAUAUCAAUGGCAGCCCCAGAAGCCAGUCGCAAAUGAUCGAGAAUGUGGACGCCUGCCUCAGUUUCCUGGACGCCAAAGGAGUGAACGUACAAGGGCUCUCAGCGGAAGAGAUCAGGAAUGGCAACCUAAAGAGCAUCCUGGGUCUCUUCUUCAUCCUGUCUCGCUACAAGCAGCAGCAGCAGCAACAGCAGCAGUACUACCAGUCCCUGGUGGAGCUCAGCCAGCAGACCAGCAGCACUGCACCGUCCGCCAGCAGCCUCAAGACACAAGAGAUGCAGUCCAGUCUCACAGCACGAUAUGCAAGUCCUCCGGGCCACAGUGGAAUAGGGUCACCACAGAAGAAAAACACAAGGUUACCAGGCCCCUCCAGAGUACCUGCUGCAGGCAGCGGGGCCUCCAGGAGCCCGGGCUCAUCCAACCUCAACCGUCGCAGCCAGAGCUUCAACAGCAUCGACAAGAGCAAGCCUCUUCAGUAUGCCAGCGGCAACGACAGAGAAGCGGUGAGGGGUAUCCCAGCACCUGGUGGGAUGAAUGGGAGCGGUAUUGGUGGGACAGUCCCCACCAGCCUCAGCGGGCAGCAGCUGGCCUCUGCCAUCCCCUCACCCACCACCGGCAAGUCCUGGCGCAGCAAGUCCAUGAACCUCAAGCACAGUGCCACUUCGUCAAUGCUGGCAAGCCCCGCGCACUCGCCCUCCCCCACUCAUUCACCCCAGGGCCCUGAGGGCCUUCUGCCACAUGGAAGCGAUGGGUCAAAAAUGGGAUCAGCCGGCAGUGGUGGACCUCAGAGGUCCAUGCUGGAGAAGUUCCGGCUGAUUAACCCUAGAUCAGCUUCACGGGCGUCGCCGUCUGUGGCAGACAUGGCUCUGCAGGAGGAGGAUGACCUGUCAGAGUACGGUGAGGAUGGAUUGACGCCCACGGGGUCGGUGUGCAGCAGCGGCAGUAGCAGUGCCACAGCCAAGCAAAUGUCUACUAAAACCUCUGGAUCGUCCCUCACUGCACCAAGCAAGACUUCUUCUUCUUCCUCCCCAUCCUCUUCAUAUUCAAAAGCGUCUGCCAAUGGCAGCAGGUCUGUGUCCAAAGACAAGGAGGACAAAACCAAGUCUGGGAAAUCUUUUAAGGACAGCUCUGCACCCAAAGAGGAGCGUGAGUCAUUUGCUGACCCCACCAAGAAGACCUCCAAAAUUGCCAGCCUCAUCCCCAAGGGAGGGAAGCCAUCAUCUGGAAAGAAAGAUGGUGGCGCCUCCAGCGGCAUCCCUAAGCCAGGACUUAAAGCUCCCUCCACCACAACAUCCAAGCCUCAGAGUCAGUCACAGAGCCAAAGCCAGGCCGCCUUAAACAGCAGCGGCAACAUGCGGGGCGGAGAGGUGGAGAGGGCCAAGCUGACAAAAGGAGGGCAGGGUGGGAGUUUCUACAUACAGCGCUCCACUGGGGGCCCAGAGGGCAAAAGGACCAGCAUGACCUCCUCUACCAGCACAUCAGCCCUGUCUGGGUCCAGUGGGAUGCUGGGAGGAGGUGGAGGGGGUGGAGGAGGAGGAGGAGGAGGAGGAGCAGCGCUGGGAGGGAAUGGAGUAGUUCAGCUUCCUCAGCAGCAGCAGCACAACCACCCCAAUACUGCCACUGUGGCCCCCUUCAUGUACAGGACAUUCUCAGAAAAUGACUGCACCAUGGUGGCCCCAGCCGACCCCUGCCUCAGCCCCACCAAGGGAGAGCUGGUCUACAGCAAGACAGCCAAACAGUGCCUGGAGGAGAUAUCAGGAGAGGAUCCUGAGACGAGACGCAUGAGGACGGUGAAGAACAUCGCUGACCUGCGGCAGAACCUGGAAGAGACCAUGUCCAGUCUACGGGGGACACAGAUCAGCCACAGUACUCUAGAAACAACCUUCGACACCACAGUAACCACUGAGGUUAAUGGGCGGAGUCUACCAGCCCUCACCACACGCUCGUACCUUACAGAUGGCGGCCUCCAUCUGUAUGCGCGGAACGCAGGCCGAGCCUCAGAUGUGGCUUCUUCUCGAGAAAUAUCCCAGAGAGGGAGCAAAGAGGUGCAGGGCGACAUAGACAGUUGGGACGACAGCAGCUCAGUGAGCAGCGGCCUCAGCGACACAUUGGACAACAUCAGCACUGAUGAUCUGAACACACCCGCCUAUUCUGCUGUCAGCUCGUCACGCAAAAGCAAGGGAGCACAGUCCCAGAGAGGAAGCAGGUCCAAGCAUGCAGAGCAGGAGGUGAGCAGCAGCUGGGCCGGAGCCGAGGACCUGAAGAAGGUGGAGGAGGAGCUGGACGCAAGCAUGGACCCCAGCAGCGGCUCCUCCCGUUGGAAGCCUUCCUCAUCCUCCUCCUCUUCCACUCAAGCCCAGGGCCAGUACGAGGAGGCCGGUCAGAAGGCUGCUGCGUUGGCCCAGAUGUCCCAGACGGGCUCAUGGAGGAGGGGCAUGACGGCCCAGGUGGGCAUCACACCACCCAGGUCCAAGGGUACCUCUGCUGCCCUCAAAACACCAGGCAAAACUGAUGAUGCUAAGGCCUCAGAGAAGGGCAAGGCGCCUUCUAAAAGUUCAGCUGGCAUCCAGCGCUCACCCUCAGAUGCUGGGAAGAGUAGUGGAGACGAAGGUAAGAAACCUCCCUCCGGCAUUGCACGCCCACCAACCACUGGUUCAUUUGGAUACAAGAAGAUCCCAGGUCCCACUGGUACCCUAAUCACCUCCAGUGGUGCAACGCUCACCAGCGGCUCAGCCACCCUGGGCAAGGCGCCCAAAUCCUCAGCUGCCCUUGGCAAAGGCGCAGGCAUUGGCGGUGUGCGUAAGACCAGCCUGGAUGGCUCACAGCCGCAAGAUGAUGGCAUUCUACUCAGCUGCAGUGGCUCCAAAGUGACCCUGCAGUACCGGUCCUUACCCAGACCAGCCAAAUCCUCCAGUGGGGUGGCAGCGGGGCGCAGCGGGCAUCGCUCCAGCUCUAGCAGCAUCGACUCGAACGUCAGUGGCAAGUCGGCCGGAGGGGCAGCGACGCAAGCGGGCGCCAAACGCAGAGACGGGAAAAUGGGCUCAGACCGCUCCAGUCCCAUCACCAUUAACCAGACAGACAAGGAGAAAGUGGCAGUGUCAGACCAGGACCCAGCAGCAGGGCUAUCCACCUCCCCCAAAUCCAGCCCCACCUCCAGUUCAACAGGUCAAUCAGGCCUCAGGCAGCCGGGCUCCAAGUACCCCGACAUUGCUUCUCCUACGUUCCGCAGAUUGUUUGGCACCAAAGCCAGCAGCAAGGCCAGCUCUCCGGGCACGCCCGACUCUGGCAAGUGCCCCUCAAUACUGGGCAGCCCCCACGGCACGCUGGCGAGGCAGGCCAGUCUGGACUCACCCUCCUCUGGCACGGGGAGCCUGGGCAGCGCUGGCGGCCUGAGCGGUGGCAGCAGCCCACUGUACGGCAAAACCCCAGACCUGUGCACUGACUCCCCGGCCUCCAGCCCGGCCUCUGGCCUCUCCCUGCCCUCCAACGCUCGGCCUUGGCCUGCCUGUAGCUCGUCAGCCGGCAGCAAGGACACACUGAGCUGCCAAAGCAUGACCAGUCUGCACACCAGCUCUGAGUCCAUUGAUCUGCCGCUGGGCCACCACGGGCCCAAGGUCACACGAACCGGCAGUGUCAAGUCCACCCUGUCUGAGGGCAUGCCUCUUGACAGAAACACGCUUCCCAAAAAGGGACUGAGGUACCCUCCGUCCUCACGGCAGACGUCCCAUGAGGAAGGAAAGGAGUGGUUGAGGUCCCAUUCAACAGGGGGGCUUCAGGACACAGGCAGCCAGUCCCCGCUGUCUCCACCUGGAGCUUCCUGCACCACCACUGGAAAAUACCACUACUCCAACCUGCUGAGCCCCACUAACAUCAGCCAGUAUAACCUGCCACCAGGCAGCAGCAGCAUGAGCCGCUCCAACAGCAUCCCUGCCCAGGACUCCUUUGACCUGUACGGAGAGGGUCACCCACUGGGUGGCAGCGCAACCUCCCUGGAGGAACGACCACGGGCCAUCAGCCGCUCCGGCUCCUUCAGGGACAGCACUGACGAAGUCCACGGUUCUUCACUGUCUCUGGUCUCCAGCACAUCUUCACUGUACUCCGCAACGGAGGAGAAAGCACACUCAGAGGGCCAAACAGUCCAAAAUUCCACGCAAAUCAGAAAGCUGCGCCGGGAGCUGGACGCCUCUCAGGAGAAGGUGGCGACCCUGACGUCUCAGCUGGCUGCCAACGCUCACCUGGUGGCAGCCUUCGAGAAGAGCCUGAGUAACAUGACCUGCCGCCUGCAGAGCCUCACCAUGACCGCUGAACAAAAGGAGUCUGAGUUGGCUGAGUUGAGGGAGACGAUAGAGACUCUAAAGACCCAGAACACAGACGCCCAGACAGCCAUCCAGGUGGCUCUCAACGGCCCUGACCACCUACACAAAGACUUGCGGAUUAGACGGCAGCACUCGUCAGAAAGUAUGUCCAGUAUCAACAGCGCAGCCAGUCACUCCAGCAUGGGCAGUCUGGGCAAGGAUGCAGAAGACAAAAAGAAGAAGAAGAAGAGCUGGGUGGCUGACUCCAUCCCGGCUCAGUUACGCAGCUCGUUCAAGCAGGCGUUCAGCAAGAAGAAAACCAAAUCCCAGUCGGCUCACGAUGAGAUGGAGGAGAUGAGCGACUCGCUGCCGUCCUCACCCAAACUGCAGCACGACAACAGGCAAGGCAGCAUCGCCACGCUGCGCUCCUCGCCCUCCACCACAGACAAGUGCGUUUGCGAUAGCAAGUCCUCCCCCAUUUGGACUUCAAAGAAAAAGCAAAACGGUCACAUGGUCUACAAGCACAGAUCUCGGCUCUGCGAAUGCACCGAAGCUGAGGCUGAAAUCGUCCUCCAGCUGAAGAACGAGCUGAGGGAGAAGGAGCUCAAGUUGACAGACAUCCGCCUGGAGGCACUUAGCUCCGCCCACCACCUAGACCAGAUCCGAGAGGCCAUGAACCGCAUGCAGAACGAGAUUGAGACACUGAAAGCAGAGAACGAUCGCCUCAAGUCCAGCGGUAACGCCACGCCAACAGCCACGCCGAUCAAGAUGGCUCGGCCACCCUCCGAGACUUCCAGCACGUCGUCGUCCUCCUCGCGUCAGUCCUUGGGGCUGUCACUCAACAACCUCAACAUCACUGACACCAUCAUGUCAGUUUCAGAUAUUCUGGAUGACAGCUACGAGGGCAAUCUACGCAAAGAGGGCCGCAGUGUGCGAAUAGUGGUUACCAUCAGCAGCUGGCCAAAUAUCACCAAGGGUAUACAGAGCCAGGAGUACCUGAUUGGGUCUAUAGGCGUGAGUGGGAAAACCAAGUGGGAUGUCCUGGAUGGAGUCAUCCGGCGCCUCUUCAAGGAGUAUGUGUUUCGGGUGGACCCUCUGACCAGCCUGGGUCUCAGCUCAGACAGCAUCGUCUGCUACAGGAUGGGUGAGGUGGUUCGCUCCCACGCCUCCGAAGUGCCUGAGCUGCUGCCCUGCGGCUACCUGGUGGGCGACAGCAAUGUCAUCAAGGUCAACCUCAAAGGUGUGAAGGAGAACAGUAUUGACAGCCUGGUCUUUGACACGCUGAUUCCGAAGCCCAUCAUCCAGCGCUACCUCAACCUGUUGAUGGAGCAUCGUCGUAUCAUCCUCUCUGGACCCAGCGGCACAGGCAAAUCCUUCAUGGCCGCCAAGCUGGCCGAGUACAUUAUUUACCAGAUGGGGCAGGAGGUGACUGAGCACAACGUGGCCAGCUUCAACGUGGACCAGAAUUCCAGCAAGGACCUGCGUCAGUACCUGUCCAACCUGGCCGAACAGUGUAACUCUGAGGAGACGGACACGGAGCUCCCCACUGUGGUCAUCCUGGACAACCUCCACCAUAUUGGCUCCCUCAGUGACAUAUUCAACGGCUUCCUCAACUGCAAGUACCACAAAUGCCCUUAUGUUAUUGGGACCAUGAACCAAGGAGUUUCCUCCUCUCCUAACCUUGAGCUGCACCACAACUUUAGGUGGGUGCUGUGCACCAACCACACCGAGCCGAUCAAAGGUUUCCUGGGCCGUUUCCUGCGGCGGAAGCUGAUAGAGACAGAGAUCGAUAGGAAUAUGCGCAGCAAUGACCUGAUUAAGAUCAUCGACUGGAUCCCCAAAACCUGGCAGCACCUCAACGGUUUCCUGGAGGCACACAGCUCCUCCGAUGUCACCAUAGGCCCCCGUCUCUUCCUGUCCUGUCCCAUGGAUGUAGAAGGCUCCCGGGUUUGGUUCACCGACCUGUGGAACUACUCCCUGGUGCCCUACCUGCUGGAGGCUGUCAGGGAAGGCCUUCAGCUAUACGGCAAAAGAGCAGCUUGGGAGGAUCCAUCCAAGUGGGUAAACGACACGUAUCCGUGGAACGCCGCUUCUCUGCUACAGGACGGCCAGUCGCUGCUCCAACUGAGGCCGGAGGACGUGGGAUACGACGGCUAUAGCUCAUCCAAGGAGGGAGCCUCGUCCAAGCAGGUGUCUCAGAGUGACACUGAGGGAGACCCACUGAUGAACAUGCUGCUACGGCUGCAAGAGGCAGCUAACUACUCCAGCACGCAGAGCUGCGACAGCGACAGCACCAGUCACCACGACGACCAGCUGGACUCAUCGCUGGAGUCGGCACUAUGAGACCCGAGAGCUGAGCUGGGAGACGCCAAACCCCUCAGAACGCCAGGGGAGCCUUUGAGCCUCCGUCGCUAGCAGACACCCCUAUAGUGCACAGAUAUAUGAUAUAUGAAAAGUUUUAUUAUCCAGAAUGGUAUACCAACCAUUUGAAAGAAAACACAUAUUUUUACAUAACAAUGGUGCAAUAUUAAAUCAAAUUAUUGUAUGUUUUAAAGAGCAGUAGCCAACUUGGUCCUCAGUGGUCAAAACGAUAAACAAUCACACAAGUUGGAUCCGUUAUAUUUUAAUCACAGUAAAUAAGAAGCUCAGCUAGUCAUUUUUUAAUGGAUGUAUAACAUUUUAGAAUACAACUUUUCAUAUAUGUGUAGGUGGGACGUGUCUGAUAAGGGACAGUAGUUCCUCUGAAGAUGACCUUUAAGGAGUAAAUCACAUUUGUGCUCACUCCAUGAUGAGCCACAGAUCACUCCAUUAUUUUGACUUUGGGUGUCAAUCCUCCAAAGUGUCCGAGAAAAAAGAGAAAGCCAAGAGUUUGACAUGACAAAACUGGAUUUUUCGUUCCUUUUUUAAAUCCCAGAUAUAUCUUCAGAUGUUUACAAUGGGGGGGGGGGACAGGUUCUAUUGUUUAUGUCUUUCCUUGUUUACAGAGGUGCUUCUCACACAGACACACACACACACACACUCAUACAAAUGCACUUAAAUACAGGCAGCAGGAGGACACUGUCCUUUGAUCAGAGGCUUUAAUUGGUUCAAGGCCCCAUGUGACCAACACUCCAGGCUGCCAAAGUGUCCUUGGGCAAGGCACUAUUUAUACCACACUGGUACCCUGUUCUCUGAACCCACCUACUAAGGGAGGCAAGUAAGAGGAGAAUAGUGUUUUCCUGUGAUGUACCGCCCUCUGGUGGUCACAAUGGAGGUCACAACACAAACUGAAUCCGAUCCAUCAGAUAGAUUUAGUGCUUCAGUAAUGUCUGAUAACGUCCACAACCAGCUGUUUAACUGAACCGGCUCCUCACAAGUUACUACUUUAGAGUAGAGUGUCGGGCUGAGGGACACUUUUUCGUCUCAUAGUUUACCACUAUAUCACCUUAUGUGAGUGUCUUUGCCUUUUAUGAACAUAAAGACGGCACCAGAUGUGGUUGACUUGAGACAUCUGCAAAGCCUCUACACCCCAGCCAGGAUCACAGCAAUUCCAUUUUCAUAACACACGCAUACGGCUCACAGUCCUCCUGCCCAGUCAGUUGAGCCGCGUGGUGCUGGUCUCCUGCCCUGAGCCUCCUCAGUGUCAGGCACUGCCAAGCCGCUCCUCGCUGCCCUGCAUGCCAACAACAAGCACAACGAAAGCGCAUUGUCUGUGUGUCAUCCAGCCACAUUGCUACUGUGAAGGAAAAAAAGGACAAGUGCCAAUGUUUCCCUUUGAUUUACUGCCAAAUGUGCACACACACCACCAUACACCCACAGAGACUUUACACCACAAUGCACAGCUGACCACAGUUGUAAACUUCGAUUAAGUUGUUCUUGGCCUUCCACACUCCACAGCCUGUUGUCACCCCUUAAGCUUACAAUGCACCAUGAAAACAGCAGGCAGCGCCUUCUGUGGGUCAUCACAGAACUCGAUCAACUGACCGUCCGCUAAACCCCUCUGCUGAACAGCAACUGUCCAAUCAUUAACAGCUCAGCACGGUACGUCUGCCAAGCUUUGGAUUUUCCCACAUGUUAAAGCAGUGUGCAUGGAGAUGUAGUUCGAGAUACAGUCAGCUUUUGAAGAGUUUGGACUUUCUUAGCGUCUUUAUUAGCCUUUCCAAAACCAAAAGCACUGCGGCAAAAGUAUAAGAAAUAGUUGAAUAGCAUCUAACGUUAGCGUGAUACACUAACCAACCGCAGUAGUAGUAAUACUUCCAAAACCUACUCUUUGUUGAUUUUAUAUAUAUACUGUCUUCUACAUGGAUCAUUAACUGGUGAGAAUGCUAACUCUAACAUAGCCUUACCUUACUAUGAAUCUGGAGUGGUAAACAUGCUAUCAUUAUUAUUGUGAACUGCACAGGUGUGAGAAUGGAAAGCUUGACAGGCGUAGCAACCGUUACUAAGGGGGGGGCGGGGUUAGCUUAUGGUCAACUGCAAAUAUCUGAAUUCCUGUGAUAUUUGUGUUAACCUGCAUAAAGAAACAAGCAGGUUGGGUUUGCUGUAACAGGAAAGCUGUACAGAUAUGAAUCACAGCUAUGACACUGAUCAAUCAACAAAAUAUCAGUAAUAUUCAAUUGAAUGGUGCAAACUGACAUUUGAUAGUCUUGUUCAGAAUCUGCACCCAUGUGGGAUCCUUGAGGUACCAAAAAAGAAUCCAAAGUAUUUUAAAAUGCAAGGGAACAAUGAUAUUGGUGCUUUCUCACUGCCUUAAAUGUGCAAAAGUUUGGGAGGCGUCCUCUGCUCCCAUUGGCUAUAGUGAGAAGAAGAGAAGUUGAUGUCGGAUGAUGAUCUGCUUCCUGCUACGUCAAAGAAGCUGCUUGUAGUCGGAGAAACAGCCUCUUUUGUUUUUUUGUCCCUCUUCCUCCAAACCGCCCUUCUUGUUUCUGACAGUUAAAGUAUAAAAGAGUUGAUGCUGUAUUUGAAUUUAAAACUGACCAAUAUUGUAAAAACAUUUAAAAAGGGGUGGGGUAUUUUUUAGUUGUUUUUUGCCCAGCUGAGCUGGGCUCACUUGAACUGACAGGAGCACAACCAAACUGUUUUGGGUUUUCUAGCCUGACGAGCAUGUUUUGAAGCUUUUUAAUAGGGAAGCAUUGAGAAGAGACCUUUAUCGUUAUGUAUGCGUGUAUUGGACGGAAGCCAUUUUGAAUUUUGAUUGUCCUCUCUUUGUUUAACGAGUGGGUUGGUUUUGCACACUUUGAGGUGGGGGUGGGUUGUAAAUACUUAAGUCUUGCACAGUGAAUCAAAGAUGCAUUCUGCCCUGUUGAUGUUACAAUAUGCUUAACCCGCUGAGUAAAUUAUUGUACUUUAAAAACAGAGAGAAAAAAAAAGAAAUGCAAAAACUCAACACGCUGUCAGAAACAGGUGUGUGUCUUGUGGUGAUUGGAUGUUUUGCCUAUGCAGGAGGCAUACGGUGUACAGUAAGAAACUGUUUUUUAAUUCACUAAAAUCACAACAAAAAAUAGGCACUUUUCUGGUAUUACCCCAUCCUGCCAUAAUAUUCUCUGGAUCCUCCGUCUUUAGGAAUGCCUGUUGUUCCUUAGAAGCACUUCCUCUCUGGACAUUUUAACCCAAGCUUACCGCCACGUUAGGCUGUCCGAGGCACCGAAGCUGACCUGACACCGUACUGUAUACAUUUACCAACAACCAACAGGUGCUACUGGUCAGUCAAAGCCCAUCAGAGACCAAGAAGUCAUGUUGUCACAACCUCAGGACAAUCCUAUCCUCUACAAUCCUAUCUGUGUUCAGCUUCACAGGUGUCUCAGCAGCCAAGCCUCUAAUGGUUCGCACAUGUAUCUGGCCUAACCUGGCCAGCCUUGCGUCUGCAAGGGUGUGUAGUUGCAUGAUAAGGGGGCAGUUAUUGUGGUAACAGGUUGCUACCUACCUACGGUUAACCCAUGUAUCAAACCUGAGCGUAGAUCUCCCAACAGUUCACCCUCUCAGCUAUUCUACACUCCCGUUAUAGGCCGUUAGUUCCCGAGCUAGCAGAGCUUUGACACCGUUAACAGUGUACACCAUAGUCUUGAUGAUCAACUGGUAAUUUUUCCCACUUAACACUUUGCAGUUACAUCUCAGUUGAAAACCAUAGCAUUUACUCUGGUUUGAGAGAAAGUUUUCUUCUUUUUGGGUGAAACAUUUGUCCUUAAAUGUUUUAUAUUUUGUACAUUUGUAUGUAACAUAUCAUGUAAAUAGACAGAGACAGUGAUUUAACUCAUCUGGAGGAUUUUGUAGUCUUUGUAAAGCCCUAAUAAAUGGUAUUUGGUGUCACACGAGC